UGAGAAAAUAUAGUCAGGAGUAAGGCUAGGUUAUGUUUGGUUAUUCAUAUAUGGUGUGCUCGUUUGAAGGCGAGUUCUAGUUAGAGGAGAAAAAAAUAUUUAAUUUAAUAUUAAUUUAAGAAGGAGAAUUUCACAAAAGGCUAGCAAGUAAAAUAUAGGUUAGGUUAAUUACGGUGAGCUUUAUCAUAGUAGUAAAAUAUUAGGUAUUUAAAUGCAAUGUUUACUUGAGGAUUUUGAUGGCCGUGCAAGUAGGAUAAUUUUAUGCAAUGAGAAAAUGUGUGUUUUUUUCGUUCGGCCAUGAAACAACGACUGCGAAAAAUGAAACAAUAGAUAACUUUACUGAAACAACUUUUUUUUUUACAGGUAGGGAGGCAGACCAAAAGUUUCCUUACUCAGAAAAUAGAAACUUCACCCUUGACUAAUGAGGGGAUGAUAUUUGAAGGAUUUUGUGCUGUGUUGUAACAGAUAUAUGAAUGAUAUGACUUUUACUUAUGAUUUAGAUUGUGUCCAUAUUGUUUUAUCUUUUUUCAUUGUUUUGGCUGACAUUUUCUGGAUAUUUUUUUGGCUUUCAAUUCUUAAAACCCUUAUUUUCUCUCUAUAUAUCGAGGCGACUCAAUUACGGAGCGAGGACAAUAGGAAUUUCAAUGCUUUCUGAUAUAAAAAAAAUCGAUUAUUUUCUGACUUUACUUCUGUUUUUCCUCCUAUUUUCGAUUAUUUAGCAACGUUACUCGUUUACCUACAAAGAGGUCAAAUAUUUUAAGCAAAAUUUAACAUUUCAACAACAAAAUCGCAAUGUUGCCUGGACGUAUACGCCACAAAACUCUAUAUACUACUACUACUACUACUACUACUACUACUACUACUACUACUACUACUACUACUACUACUACUACGCUGCUACGACGAUUAAUACUCCCACUAAUGAUGAUGAUAAUAAGAGUGACUAUACCAUGCGUAGCUCUGUAGGAUGGCUGGCGCCCCUUCCCUCCCUCCCUCCGUUACCCCUGCCUAGCGCCUCGCCAGCCCCGCUUUGGCACUGGCACCGCUAUCAGGUGUCCACAGGAAUAGUGUCGCGCCAUAUAAGGCACCCCAGCCUGGCCCCGGCACCCCCCACUGCCUCUCUUUUCCUCCGCUUUACUCCGUUUUCUCCUUUCUCUGCUCCCUUGUACUCUCUCUCUCUCUCUCUCUCUCUCUCUCUCUCUCGUUUUCAGUCCUACUUUCAUGUAAUAUAUCUUAAUUUUUGCGUUGAUUUCCAUUACUACGAGUAACAUUAUCAUUCCUAUUUUUUUUUUAUUGUCUCGUGCCAUUUUUACAUUUACGGUAGUUAUUUAGAAAAAGACGGACUACUGCUACUCCUAUACCACUACUACUACUACUACUACUACUACUACUACUUUUACUACUAUUACGUACUACUAAUACUGCUAUUAAUAAUGAUAAAACACUAACGGUAUCAAUUUAGUUUCGGAACAGUACAUUUAGCGUUCCGUUACGUCGGGGAAAAAUCACGCUCGUUCGAACGCUCGCUGAGAAAUGUAAACAAACAGAAGAGAGACGAAGGCGGAGUGCGCGGUGGAGUGAUAUGUUUUUCUAGCCUAAUAUAUGGCCAUCGGUGACUAUAUAGUGCCAGUAGGGGUUGGGGAAGACGGGCAUGGCGCUGUGUCAUGCCAGAGGAUCAUGAUAUCUCCUCUUCGAAUAGGUCGGGUGCCUAGAGGGGAUCCAAAUCUCAUCUAAAGCAUAAGAUGUCGACUGCUGUGAUUGUCUGUUUCAUAUCAUCGCUGGGUGUUGCGUCCCCCGGGGCACCACCAAACCCGUUGCAUGAUGGCGGUUCACAGGGGGCCGUGGCCACAGGGGAAAUGGGCAGAGCUGGAGUUAACACGGGGAAGCAGCUGGGAAGAGCCACAAUGGGAGUGUUGUCAGCCCUCCCUCAGCCAGUGCGAAAAGCCUCAGGCCACGUACACCUGUGUUUCCAUGGUGAUCCUGACACGGAGUUCAUCAAGGGUGUGGCUGCAGGAACGAACCAGACUGAUGUGGCUUUCAGCGUAUGGGCCACACCAGCUUGGAGGCGUUUCCUGAGCCACAGCACCUACCACACCAGAGCCACACACGUCAUGGUGGGGCCCAGGGUGUGGCUCCUGCACUGGAUGAAUGUGAUUCAAGAAAAAACUGCAAACAACACAAUCAGUACACAAGUGACUCAGUGGGUGUUUGUGUCCACGGAGCACAAGAACACCGCAUUCCAACAUAGCCUCCUGCGGCACAUCCCUGAACAGCUACACUUCCUCUUGCUGCAGCCCCUUUUCUCCUCCGUCGGCAGAAGUAUGACGAACACGAGGGAGCCACAGAAAGGAAAUGGAAAUGACAAAGGGAUUCAGUAUAACGUGGCAGAAAGAGCAGUGGGAAAUAGUGUGAAGACAAUGAAGAACACUCCAGAAAAUCAGAGAGGAGGAAGAAGAUUGGUAGAGGCAAACGUAGGAGUAAAAGAAGAGGAACAUAGAACUAAAAGGCAGACAAAGCCCAUGACGUCAAAAGAAAGAGGGGCCAGCUUAGAGAAUGCAAAUCUCAAACCAGAAGACAGAGCUAAGAAAAUCUCCCAAACAUUACCCCAACAAAGGACACCAAUUGGGAGAGGUCUGCUGGAAGUUUCUAGAGCUGAGGGAGAGAUGAAACCCCUCACACCGAGAGAAAGAGGGACCAAAAUUAAUGACCCAAGUCUUAAAAUAACAGCAGGAGAAACCAAACCCGCCCAAACAUUACCUCGGCGAGAGAAAACAACUCUGGAAGAUCUCGACGUAGUUUCCAGAGCUAAGAAACUGACAAAAACAAUGAUACAGAGAGACAGGAAGACAAAAAUUGAAAAUGAAACUCCCACGCCAACCGAAAGAGCCGAGAGACUCUCCCAAACACCACAUCAGCGAGAUGAUACAAAUGAAAAGAGUAUCGAAGUAUUUUCAAGAGCUAAAGGACAAGCAGAAUUAAGUGUACUAAGAGACAAAGAAUCUAAACUUAAGGACCCAAGUCUUAAACCAGUACCAAGGGUUAGUAGGCUCGCCCAAACGGUACUCCAGCACAGCACAACACACGCCAAGUUUUCUUCAGAGGGUGACAUCGAGCUCCUCAUGGCCGAGUACGUGGGCGACGGCAGCGCCUUCUUUAAAAAGACGGGACACUGGAACAACGACUCGCUCUGGCUGUUCUACGAACCCCUCCAGGCAACCCCCGCUACACACUUCGGUGGGAGAACCCUCACCCACACCACCAUUCAUAAACCAGGUGUGUUUGAGCCGAGCAGUGACGGCGGGAUGCUUAAGGCCGGCGGGUACUUGGCGGAUAUGAUGAGGGACCUGGAGAAACACCUGAACUUCACCUCCAGAGUCAUCGUCACCAACACCUUCGGAACACUGCUCGAGAACGGCUCCUUCAACGGCAUGACGGGCGAUCUUAUCAGAGGGGAGGCAGAUCUCGCGCCGCUGGACUUCUCGCCGUCGUAUACUCGUUACUUCAUUGUGGACUUCAGCGAGUGGUUCAGCACGGACGGCAUCAUCAUCAUCUCACGGGCACCAAGGCCACUCAUGCCCCCCUUCCUGCUACUGCAAGUGUUUCCCAUGUGGGUCUGGGCGUCCGUGGUUAUGGGGGGGCUGCUGGCCGGCCAUGCACUCUGGGGUCUAAACUACAUCUACCACUACAAAAGUUCAGAAAAAGGGUAUAGGGAUAACACACCAACCUUCAGCCAGUAUUAUCGCAGUCGCUACCAAAACCACCACCUCCACCACCACCACCACAUCGACAGUCAUUCCACCGACCACCAGCACAACCAAGGCGACGAGUACCACUACCCUUCGUAUUGGGAGACUUUGGCUGUGGUUUUCAAGCUGUUCGUCGUGCAAAGUAGUGACCGGAGGAAGUGGGGUCAGCUUUGGUCCUCUCCUCGUUCCUGUUCCUUGUGGCUCUCUCCAUCGUGGCUCUGUACCAAGGCUCCAUCAUCGCGUUCCUGGCUGUGCCCCGCAAGACGCCACCCAUAGACUCAGCGGCUCACCUAAUGCAGCACCUCGACUCCAUGGCGCCUGUGGUCCGCAAGAACACCGUCUACUAUAACUUCAUAAUGAACUUCAAAAGUUACCGCCCCAUCGCCGCCAGGUUCAAGUUCUACCCAGACUCGUUCCUCGACACGUGGACCUUCUUUCAGCGUGUGGAGCAGGGGGAUUACGCCCUCAUAG